GUUAAGCGGAGUUGACAUUUUUUUUUGGUGCCUCUUGGCUUCGCCUCAUAACAAAUUCUCAUGAUCUUUUUUCUUCGUUUUUUUAUUAUUUUCUGCUCAGAGGACUAACUUAUAUAUACAGACUAUGAACCCAUAUGGACACAGAGAAGGAUUUCCUUCGACACCGCAGCAGCAGCAACAACAGGGUUAUUAUCCUAAUAACCAAUAUCGCCAAUCUUCACAGUACAAUUUUAACGCACAACCACCAGUUAACAGCAAUCCGUUUUCACCUAUACAAAGGAGUAAUACAUUUUCUAUAGCAGAUAGAAGAGAGAAUUAUCUGUGGGAUUUAUUUUUAAGGGUCGAUACUGACCGGUCUGGAUCAAUUUCAGUUUAUGAACUCCAAACGGCACUUGUGAAUGGAGAUUGGAGUCCCUUUAACAUUGAGACGGUUCGCAUGAUGGUUGGCAUAUUUGACACUGAUAAUAAUGGAACAAUUGAUUUUGGGGAGUUUCGAGGUUUAUGGAAAUAUGUUGAAGAUUGGAGCCGUUGCUUCAAAAAGUUUGACCAAGAUAACUCGGGUAGUAUAGAUUGCUAUGAAAUGAGUCAUGCGUUGCGAACAUUUGGUUAUAAUGUGAGUGAUAGAUUUAUAGGCAUCUUAAUUCAAACGUUUGAUAAAUAUGGUUUGUACAAUGAAGGAUGGGGGGAAGAAAACUUUCUCAUAUUUUUACAUAUUAGGAAAUGGUGAUAUUACUUUUGAUAAUUUUGUACAAGCUUGUGUUACAUUAUCAACGUUAACAAAGGCAUUCAGAUCAAGAGAUUACGAGACUAGAGGAUCAAUUAUUGUAAAUUAUGAAGAU